AUGAGCCUGCCUUCACGAGUGCUUGGCUUGUUCUCGACCUCAGAGACCUCUGACCCUACAACUACAUCUGGAAAUGGGUCAAAUUCAUCAACGGUGGCGCAGCUCUCUAUACCGGUAGGCGGUUUCAAUGACGGGGUUGGCAUCAGUGUCACCACCCGUGAUGCACAAGAUAGCACUAUGUUAGAAGAACAGGAGCCUCGCCCGCCUUAUCUACACGCGAUGAUAGCCGGUGGAAUUGGAGGUACAUGCGGCGACAUGUUGAUGCAUUCGUUAGAUACAGUGAAGACCCGUCAACAAGGCGAUCCACAUUUCCCGUCUAAAUACACGUCGAUGACCUCGUCAUAUGCGACUAUUUAUCGCCAAGAAGGAUUAUUUCGGGGUCUGUAUGGAGGAGUCACACCGGCCUUCCUGGGCUCAUUCCCAGGCACAGUGCUCUUCUUUGGAGUAUACGAGUUCACCAAGCGGCUGAUGCUGGAUUCUGGGGUCAAUCCCAAUCUUGCAUAUCUGUCUGGAGGUUUCUUCGCAGAUUUGGCUGCCUCCAUUGUUUAUGUGCCGUCGGAGGUGCUCAAAACUCGACUUCAAUUGCAGGGUCGCCAUAACAACCCUUAUUUUAAUUCUGGAUAUAACUAUCGAGGCACAUCUGAUGCAUUCCGGACUAUUGUGCGACAGGAAGGUCCUUCUGCUCUCUUCCAUGGAUAUAAGGCCACUAUCUUCCGCGAUCUACCGUUCUCGGCGUUGCAGUUCGCUUUCUAUGAAAAAGAACAAGCCCUUGCCAAGGAUUGGGUUGGCCAGCGAGAUAUCGGAUUGGGUCUCGAGAUUAUCACCGCUUCCACUGCUGGUGGUAUGGCCGGUGUGAUAACAUGUCCAUUGGACGUUGUCAAGACUCGCAUUCAAACCCAACAGAACGUACCUGAAAACCCUACGGGAUCGUCCGGAGCGAAUCACUCUGCCGAUCAUAUCCCUAAAGAAAGCCCUCGGCCACAUACUCAUUCAUCCAAUCCUAAGUCAUCACGAACCCACUCACGGCCAAUAUGUACCUCAUCCCCCUCUACUUCGAUUUCACCACCAGGCGCACCUCGGUUGGACACAUCUUCAGUCUGCACAGGAUUAAUGAGGAUCUACCAGGCAGAAGGAUUUGCGGGUUGGUUCCGGGGUGUGGGUCCUCGUGGUGUAUGGACCAGCAUCCAGUCCGGCACGAUGCUUGUCAUGUACCAGUACCUACUCAAAAAACUUGAAGCCUUCCACGCACUGGACGGCUCACCUUUUUAA